CGGAGGACAUGUCCCCCUUUUCGCCCCUGCGGGUGUCGCUCCAGCAGCGGAUCCUCUCGGCCGCUGAGCACUUCCUGCUGCAGCUGGAGGAAGCAGAAGAAGCGGCUCGAGUCCCGGCGCUGAGAGCGAUGCUCACCGAGCGGCUAACGGCGGAGAUCGUCGCUGUGUUGGAGGAAACCGUGGCGGAGUGGGAGGAGCGAGUGGAGCGGUCCCAGCGGGAGGUCUGCCGCCAGAGGAGGCUGCUGGAGGCCGUGAUGAAGCCCGAGGUCCGGCUAACAAGAGCAGACGUCCAGCAGCUGGUGCUGAGUAGAGCUGAGGUUCCCUCUGAGCAGUGGAGCCCCCUGGUGGACCAGGAGGACCCAGAGCCCCCCCACAUUAAAGAGGAACAGGAGGAACCGUGGACCAAGCAGGAGGGAGAGCAGCUGGAGGAGGCGGACAUCAAGUUCACAUUGAAUCCUGUCGCUGUGAAGAGUGAAGAAGAUGAGGAGACACCUCAGUCGUCACAGCUUCAUCAGAGUCAGACUGAGGAGAACAGAGCGAACUGUGGAGAACCAGAACCAGAACCAGAACCAGAACCCUCAGGUCCUGAGGGACAUUUACAACCAGGUCCUGAGACUGAAGACUCCUCAGAGACUGCAGACAGUGAAGGUGAUUGGACAGAGGUCAGGGAACCUCAGCCUGUAGAUGAUCCGCGAUGCAACACAGAGCAGAAAGCAUUCAGCUGCUCUGAGUGCAGUAAAACAUUUAGUAGGAAGGAUUAUCUGAAGACACACUUUACAGUUCACACUGGAGAGAAACCUUUCAGCUGCUCUGAGUGUGGUAAGAGAUUCACCAGAAAGGAACAUCUGAAGACGCAUAUGAAAAUACAUACGGGAGAAAAACCCUUUUGUUGCUCCGAGUGUGGUAAAAGAUUCAGGAUCAAGGGAGAAAUGCUGACUCACAUGUCGGUGCACACAGGGGAGAAACCAUUCAGUUGCUCUGAGUGUGGUAAAAUAUUUAGGCUCAAGCGCCAACUGCAAAAACAUGGGACAGUUCAUACAGGAGUGAAACCCUUUAGUUGCUCUGAGUGCGGUAAGACAUUUGGUCAGAAGGAGUAUCUGAGGUCCCACAUGAGGAUCCACACCGGAGAGAAACCCUUCACCUGCUCGGAGUGUGGGAAACAGUACCACCACCAGGCCGGUCUGCAGGCACACAGGAGGAACCACACCGGAGACAAACCCUUCAGCUGCUCCGAGUGCGGCAAACGAUUCAACCACAAGAGCCGCCUGCAGAUCCACGAGAGGAUUCACACCCGGGAUCAACCCUUCACCUGCUCCGAGUGCGGCCAGAGGUUCAGUUACCAGGCCAACCUGGUGGCUCAUGUCAGAAGUCACACAGGAGAGAAACCCUUCAGCUGCACGGAGUGUGGUCAGAGCUUCAGCCGGAAGGACAGUCUGCAGAUCCACGCACGGCUUCACACCGGAGAGAAGCCGUUCAGCUGCAGCGUCUGCAACCAACGCUUCAGCUGGAUCUACCAGCAGAAGAACCACCAGUGUGGAGAUGAGACUUCAGAGCUUCACCGGAGUGAGGGGAGCAGAGAGGACUGUGGAGGACCAGGACCAGCCGGGAACUCAGGCUCUGAACGGUCUUAAGGCCGAUGCUUCUCCGGUUGGACAGACCCGGGCAGAGGAACGCCCCCCCGAGCGCCUCAGAGAGCUUCUCCUGCACCUCAGAUGGUUCUAACUAUCCUUGGGUCUUAAGGAGAGUCUGGGCCCGGCCCUCGGCUGUGAUUGGUCCGCUAACGACAUCAUUUACGCACGACGUCAUAUCCGGAACCUCAUUACCGGACGUCAAACUUGUUUCAUAAAAUACGUUACAAGCAAAGUCCUGCUCCAGGUCAAGCAGCUCCAUCAGCCUCUGUCUGUCAGCUUCCAUCGUUCACUGUGUGGGAGGAAGAUUCAGAUUAAUAUACAUUUAUUUGUCCCAAACACAAGAACACUCAUGCAAGGAGGGAAAUGUAACCUCUGCUUUUAACCCAUCACAGAGCAGUGAGCAGCCAUGUACGGCGCCCGGGGAGCAGAUGUUGGGGGAGUAAGGUGCCUUGCUCAGGGGCACUAGACAGGGUAGGGAGAAUCCUCUUGGAUUUUUGGACAGAUCAAUCCAGGUUCGUCUUCUUGUUGUUUCUCCGUGGAGUCGAACCAGAGACGAACCAGAGACCUUUUCUGCCCAGAGUCCAAGUUUCUGACACUAGUCCACCACCUCUCUCCGAGGCAGGAGCAGGUAAACAAACUAACCUGGACUUCUUCCACCUACUGCUCUGGCGGUGAGUUGUUUUCAGCACCCAGCCUUGGAGAAGCAUAAAUGAAAAAGAGUCGGUGGGAUCCGUGCCCCCCCCCCUGGAGUCUUUACUCUGUAGAAGACGGAUGAAUCUUCUGAAGCUCAGGCUGAAGACAGGAGGCUGGUUAGAAGACGACAGUGGAACCUCAGUCUGUUUUAAACACAGACGCCUACAAACCUCCUGUAAGAGUUUAGAGAUUCUAUUGUUCUCCAAAGUGUUUUAACAAAACAAUGUAGUUGAUUCUGUUGAUAAUAGUUUACGAUUGUGCAAUAUUCACCUUCUGGCUCAUUGUCUCGGUUUUUCCACGUCUUGUCAAAUGAGCAUCCUACAGACAUUUAUUAUCAUGAUAACGAUACCACGACAAUUUUGACUUUGUCUUUACUUCGGUUUUACACCGCCCAGUCAACGACUCAGAGGGAGACAGAGAGAGACAGAGACUCAGAGGGAGACAGAGACUCAGAGAGACUCAGAGGGAGACAGAGAC